AUGCAGUCUAAAGAGCACGCAGUUAGGAUCGAAGGUAUGGAACCGAGCUCGGUGAUUAUCAUUCAUCCAGGAUCUAUGAACUUGAGAAUCGGUCGAGCAACUGACAAAAUCCCGUUCACUGUGAUACACGGUAUUGCCAGGAAAAAAAUAGCCGUCAGGGAUACGAUACAUAAUCCAAUUUUACAAUGUUUGCCUACUAGAAAUGUGAAAACUUUGGCGGCAAUGGAAACAAGUAGACGCAAAGCGUCCCAAAUGUUAAGGUCUAGCUUUAUGUCAAAUGGUGAAAGAAGAUUGGAGUAUUCAGAAGUGAUGGUAGCUCGUCGAAACAAUAACUCUCGACCCAUAUUCCUGAACUACGAGCCGGAAAAUUUUGUUGAACCUACUGGCGAUACUGUGUUUGGAGAAGAAAUGUUCAAAAUUAAUCCAAAAUAUGCCUACGAUAUAUUUUUUCCAAUAGUUAACGGACGAUUUAACGAUGAUUCUUGUGGCUUCAGACGUUCGUUCGAAGAUACUUUAUGUGAUUUGGAGGAUAUUUGGACGCAUCAUAUAAACCAGUUAUUGGACAUCUCCACGGCAGAUUUCAAAAAUUACAGAGUGGUCUUGAUCAUACCCGACUUGUUCGACCUUUAUUACACGAAAGAAGUGAUGUCUAUGGUUUUGCUAAAAAUGAACUUUAAAGCAUGUUUCCUUAUACAGGAUCACGUUGCUGCUGCUAUAUGUGCUGGUAAUAUGGGUAAUGCGUGCGUUGUUGAUGUCGGCCAUAAAAAGACAUCUAUUAGUUGUGUUGCAGAUUACAUAUCUCAACCUAAUACACGUAUAAGAUACAAGUAUGGAGGAGUACAGAAGUUGAAAGAACAAUAUUGCCAUUUGAAUUUGGAUACUAGUGGUUGCACGACGGGAACAAUGAUGAUAAAAAAUCCAAUUAGGCCAGUUAUACAAUACCAGAUACAAAUUGGUGACGAAGCAAUGAUCGCUCCCUUAGGGAUGUUCGAUCCGACAUUGAUGGCAAUUGAUAUGGACGAUAGGAAUUAUGUAGUCAGAGAAGAACCAGAAUUACACGGGUCAUACGAUAAUAGCUUUUUAUUUGACAGAGAAUUACAAAAACCUCAAGGCCUCGAUAAAGUAAUUGUACAGAGUAUCGAACGCAUGAAUUCAGAGGAUUUGAAACAAAAAAUGUAUGGUAAUAUUUUGUUGGUUGGAGGAGGAUUCAAAUUUCCAAGUGCAUGUACCUGGUUAAAAAAUAAAAUAUUGCUGUAUGCAAACCAAAUUGACUACGAUGGAGACGUGCAAGUUAUAAAUUCACCUGGCGGCUUAGACCCACAAAUUGUUACAUGGAAAGGUGCUGCUUGGGCUGGUAUUCUCGAACGUUACAGUAACAAUUGGGUAACAAGAGAAGAAUGGACAACAGGAAGUGUUCAAAUUUUAAAAGAGAGAGCAAUGUUUAAUUGGUGA